UAUGACACCUGUCACCUGUCAUUCAGCUACCUUGAAGUCGAUGGUCGUUUGUUUGUUAAAAAAAAGUAAAUUUCUUCUAAAAUCUUAAAUUUUUAACUUAAUUUUAUUAUUUUCGAAUAAAACGAAAUCAAAAUAAAAAAUGCCUAAAGUAAAGCGUAGCAGAAAAGCACCUCCAGAUGGAUGGGAAUUAAUUGAACCAACCUUAGAAGAAUUGGAACAAAAAAUGCGAGAAGCUGAAACUGAACCACAUGAAGGUAAACGUAUCAAUGAAUCGUUGUGGCCAAUUUUCAAAAUCCAUCAUCAAAAGUCCAGGUACAUUUAUGAUCUCUUCUAUCGUCGAAAAGCCAUCAGUCGGGAACUCUACGACUAUUGUUUGAAAGAAAAAAUUGCAGAUCCCAAUUUAAUUGCCAAAUGGAAAAAGUCUGGAUAUGAAAAUCUUUGUUGCCUGCGUUGCAUUCAAACGAGAGAUACAAAUUUCGGUACAAAUUGCAUUUGCAGAGUGCCGAAAUCAAAGUUGGAAGAAGGACGUGUGGUCGAAUGUGUGCAUUGCGGGUGUCGUGGAUGCUCUGGUUAAUAUGAUUCCAAAAAAAACAAAAAAAAACUACUUCUUUUUUACAAUUCUCUUUUAUUUACCGACAAACUUAAA